AAACGAAAGAGCAUUAAAUGUCACGUCUAUUCUGCACCUCGUCGGUGAUGCAAGAGUUCUAUCUUGUAUACUCGUCUGUGGUAAUAUCAUUCUCAUCAUUACCGACUAUAUCGCGCGCACACGAGUAUGUAAGUACGUACAUAGUGCCACACAGUUUUCCCUAAGAAAAUAACAAAUAAAACGCUCGAACUCACAUUUCCAUCGAUCAUAUUUUCCCAAUAUCCGCACCAAAGUCUCAAAAAUUGUUUCUCGAAAGUGACGAAAAUUCCGAAGGCCAAGAAGCUUUCCAAGCCGAUCCAAAUCUUCCGAGAGAAAAGAAAAUGAGGGAAGGAAGAGAAAGAAGAACAAUUCUCGCGGUCUUACCUCAGCGCCGAUAAUAAAACGGAAGCUCGACGGAAAAAGCGGCCGACAGAUAGUGGAGGAAGCAAGAGAGAUAAUCGUCAUCGGGGGCAUAAAGCGAGGUACAGGGACGAGGAAAUGUAGAACAGGAACGUUAAGCGGAAUCGCGCGAGCGGUAAUCCCAAGCCGAAAGCUCGAACGACGCCAAAGUUAAAUAUAAAUGUCGCGGUAAGCGGCUCCUGGACCGAUGAACCAGCGGAUCGACUAGUCUCUUCGUGAUCUUCGUCGUGGACCGAACUACGAAAAAUCGAACCUGAUCGAUCUCCGUCGAUCACGCGCCAUAUUUUCCGCAACGAUCCUCCUCGAUUAUUGCGGCUCAGUUCGUGUUGUUUCGAGACCUGAGAUCGUGGAACGCGAGACUCGUGCCGAAUGAGAGUUCGAGGAAUCGAGAUUUGAACGAAAAUCGAUCGAAUAUACACGUUCUGAUAUUAUCGGAACCGUCGCGAUUACCGUGUGCUUUUUGCCUACUUUGCAGAUUUACAAACUUCGCAUUGGAUUUCGUUGAUCGCUCGUGUCUGCGGUGCGACGUCUUUUCGCGAUGCUAGGUGAUCGAAGCGCGACACGUGGAGCUUCGAAAUAGCCAGAGAUGUCGCAGCCGCCGUCGAAAUCCCAUGGAAAACCCGGACCAGGGGGUAGCUGGACACCCAGACCGAACGUGUCUGGCCAGUACAGACCUCCUUCUCCUUACAGUCCCACGGGCUCGCCGCAUCCUCAGCGAGCUCGAGGACCACCUACUCCGGUUCAUCAUGCUCAUCCUACGUCGCCCUUGACGUAUACUGGAAUGAGGCACCCGAUGAGCCCAGUGCCGAUUGGAAUGCCGAUUUCUCCUGGAAUGUCGCCUGUUUUUGGAUCGCCCACAGGAUACAUACAGUGCCCUAGACCCAGGUGGCCGUCACCGAUUCCAGUAGGAAGUCAAGCACCUAGGCCUUUUAUACCGAUGCAGAGUUCGUUGGAAAGUGGCGCAACACCGCCCUUGGUCAGUGGACCAGCAGAAUACAUGAUUGGAACGUACAGACCCGGCGAAUACGAGUAUGUUGGAGUGCCAUUGGAUCACUCGCAAACGGAAGAGGAGUCCAGCGGACCCAGUACCGCGGAGAUAAUAGCUAACCAAAGUCAAGAUUACGUGGAUGAGAAGCUUGCCGAGUAUCAGGCUACGAUACAACAGCUUCAAAGUGAGUAUUUCUUAGCAACAGUGUACAUAUUUGCACGUUUUUAUGCGGUUCUUAAAAUGAUAAUUCCUGACGAUGGCAAAUUUAUCUCUUCUCUUACUCGAUAAGUUUAAGAUAAUAAUUAAAAAUAAUAA